AUGUCUUCCUUCCAACCUCUCGAUCCCCGUGAAGAGGAUGAGCUGCACAGAACCCGUCUCUUGAAUGUGGAAGAAAAGCCAUUCAAGCGCAUCACCAAACGGCUUCUGACACCCGGAUCACUUGUUUCAACACCCAGCAAGCUUCCUACUCCUCCACCGGAUGCUACGGAGGAGUCUGCUGAGAUUGAGCGCCAAAAUCAAUUGGAAGAGCGACGACAGUUCCGCGAAGAUGUACUCCUCGACUUCGCUGCAUUUGAUAGCAGUAUGGCGCGCAUUCAAUUCUUGUACAACAGCAACGAACGCGAGCGAGAGCGAUAUAAAGCGGAUAAGCAGCGGAUCUUAGAUACGGCGCAGGAAGUUAGGAAUAAUACCGCACAUUUGAGGGUCCAGCUUGAAGAGGCCAAAAAGACUUUGGCGCAAAGGAAGAAAUUCGAUGAGUUGACGGAGAAGAUUACAAAUAAUAAGCUAUUGCGACCAAGAUCAGAUCAGGAAAUCAAUCUGAGGAAGCUGGAGGAGGAAUGCCGCGAGUUGGAAAGAGAAAGUGCUACAUAUGGAGAGACAUGGAAGGAGCGCAGAGAACAAUUUGGAAGGAUUGUCGAGGAGGGCAUGCAAUUGCGACGACUCAUUAGAGAUGAAAAGGAAGAAGUCGAGCGGAGGGAAGGUAUGGACGAUCAAGAUGAGGAUGGAGAGGUUGGUGAGGGAUCUGGUGGAGGUCAAACGCCCAAGCCUGCCAGUAUGAGUAGGAACGCGACACCAGCGCCAGAGAGUCAGUCUCAAGGCGGUUUAGAACCGUCGAAACCACAUCCGUUGGCGACGGAAGCACUAUCUAGGGGCGGAAGCAGAGCAACGAGUCGAGCAGGUUCUGUUGGCCCUGAACGAAGAAGGGAAGCGUCAGUGGCAGGGGAUGAUGUAACACCUUCAGAGCAUACUGCGAAGGUAUCAGAGACUGUUGAUACACCCAUGGCAGAUGGCGAGGCUCCACGAGUAACUGUUGAUGAGCCAAGCCCAGAUGAAGGAGAGGCGGAAGACAAGAUGGACACAACCUAG